AUGUAUGGACCGAAGUGUGCGACGCGCACGUUGAGGCCCAACGCGACGAGGUCCUUUUCGACUACUUCUCGAUUCCAAGCUCCAUCGUCACUCAGCAUCAAUGCCGGUCGGCUCUGGGAGACUCUGCACAAGACAUGUGAAUGGGGAGCAUCCCAUCGCUAUGGCGAAAACACAAGAGACACUGGCAUGGCGCGAUUGACACUCAAUGACGACGAUGCGCGCGUGCGACGUUGGUUUGCCGAUGAGGUCCAGAAGCUAGGCUGCUCAUUAUCAGUCGACCAGAUGGGAAAUAUGUUCGCACGACAGUCCGGAAAAUUGGGAUCGUCUGCUCCGAUGAUCGCAAUGGGAAGUCACCUUGACACCCAGCCCCGAGGCGGUCGCUAUGAUGGCAUUUUGGGUGUCAUGGCUGCGCUGGAAGUGUUGCGGACGAUGAAAGAAAACAAUUUCCAGACGAUGUUCGAUGUUGGUAUCGUGAACUGGACGAAUGAGGAGGGUGCUCGAUUCCCAAAGUCCAUGUGCUCUUCGGGUGUUUGGGCCGGGGCAAUUCCCAUCGAGAAGGCGUGGAACCUGCGUGACAUUCACAACCCCGACGUUUCUCUCAAGUCUGAGCUGGAGCGACACGGAUAUUUGGGUGAUAUCGAAUGCUCCCCGAAGGGAUACCCACUCGCUGCUCACUUCGAACUUCAUAUUGAGCAGGGGCCGAUCCUUCCUGCCAACGAGCGAAAAAUUGGAAUUGUCCAGGGCGCCCAGGGAUAUAGGUGGUUGACCUUGACUGUCCAAGGAAAGGAUGCUCACACGGGAACGACUCCCCUUGAGAACCGUCAUGAUCCUCUGCUUGCAGCCUCGAGAAUGAUUGCAGCUUCAAACGAUAUCGCAAAGAAACACGGCGCUCUUGCCUCAACAGGCAUUAUUCGGGUGCCCUCAAAUGCGUCGACUAACACGAUUGCAUCCGAAGUCGCUUUUACCCUUGAUAUCCGUCAUCCUGACGACCAUGUCGUCAACACUGUUCAAGACGAAUGCUUGAAUGCCUUUGACAGUAUUGCCUCUCAAGAUGGAAAGGGAGUCUCCUAUAACUGGACAAUCGACACCGACUCCCCAGCUGUUAAAUUCGACAAGAACUGCAUCGCGUGUAUCAAGGCCGCAGCGGACCAUCUUGUAGGCCCUGAGAAGUCGAUGCUGAUGACUAGCGGCGCUGGACAUGACAGUGUGUAUACCAGCCAGCAAUGCCCGACCGCCAUGAUCUUUAUCCCCUGCAAGGAUGGUGUCAGCCACCACCCAACCGAGUAUUCUACACCCGAAGACUGUGCUCUUGGUACCCAGGCCUUGCUUGAGGCAGUCGUGCAUUACGAUCAGUCUCGCGCCUACGAAGGCAAUGUAAUCUGA